CAGGCAUAGCGGAAAAAAAAAAUUAGAGGAGUUUUUGCCGCCUAAAAUGUGAAAGAAAAAAGGAUUAGAAGUCUGAGGGGCGGCCGCAAACGCGUCUACAAAAAAGGAAACAUAAAAGUAAAAGAUGAAUUAUAAGUCGAACCCUAGCAGGCUGAAAAACCUGUUGAGAAAAGCCCGCACUUUGAUAGGCCUUACGACCACUUCCGCUGCAGCUACCUACAUUACAACCUCAGCGUCUUUUUCCAACUCCGCCUCUUCAGCCAUGGACUCUCCCCUCAGGACAAAGGUUUGCAUCAUUGGCAGCGGCCCCGCGGCCCACACGGCCGCCAUCUACGCCGCCCGUGCUGAGCUCAAGCCUAUUCUCUUCGAGGGCUGGAUGGCUAAUGACAUCGCCCCUGGCGGCCAGCUUACCACCACAUCCGACGUGGAGAACUUUCCUGGAUUCCCGAAGGGUAUCUUGGGCAUAGAGCUUAUGGACCGCUGCCGCAAUCAGUCGCUCCGCUUCGGCACCACCAUCUUCACUGAAACUGUUAACAAGGUUGACUUCUCUUCGUUUCCGUUCAAGAUCUUCACCGAUGCCAAAACCGUCCUGGCUGACUCGGUGAUCGUGGCCACAGGUGCUGUAGCCAAGCGGCUCAAUUUCCCGGGGUCAGGGGAUGGGCAAGGAGGCUUUUGGAACAGAGGAAUCUCAGCGUGCGCUGUGUGUGAUGGGGCGGCCCCAAUCUUUAGAAACAAGCCCCUGGCAGUGAUCGGUGGGGGUGACUCCGCAAUGGAGGAAUCCACCUUCCUCACCAAGUACGGUUCCAAGGUCUAUAUCAUUCACAGGAGAGAUACGUUUAGGGCAUCGAAAAUCAUGCAGAGCAGGGUUGUUUCGAACCCGAAGAUAGAGGUGAUAUGGAAUUCAGUGGUGGUUGAGGCGUAUGGGGAUGGGGAGAGAGGGGUUUUGGGAGGGCUCAAGGUGAAGAACCUGCUCACAGGGGAAGUUUCUGAUCUGAAAGUUUCUGGUUUGUUCUUUGCCAUUGGGCACGAGCCUGCCACCAAGUUCUUGGAAGGCCAGCUGCAGCUUGAUUCAGAUGGCUACAUUCUCACUAAGCCAGGUACAACUCAGACCAGCGUGCGCGGCGUUUUUGCUGCUGGAGAUGUCCAGGACAAGAAGUACAGACAGGCUAUUACUGCAGCUGGCACUGGGUGCAUGGCAGCCUUGGAAGCUGAGCAUUACUUGCAAGAGAUUGGAUCUCAGGAGGACAAGAGCGAUUGAUCAUUGAUGUGCCAGGGAUUUUAAAAGCUACUUGCUUAGAAGUAACUUCAAUGUCUAGAUGUAUCUUUAUCUGGAUCAAUGUUAGAAUUAACAUUGUUUUUUUAUAUUCAAUAUCUGCUUUCAAUGGAAUUACAACAGCCUUAUCUUGUCUGUUGUUUAACUUGAACCAAAAGAAUAAUCAUGUAUUGCACUUAUAAGUGCAUGUUUCUUGAUCAAUUGGCAUGAGGAUUUUGCAA